UUUGCUCCGCAGGGCGGAUAAAAACCCCGGGUGGGAGCGUGGGGCGGUGCGGGCCGAGAGGUUAAGACUUUGAACGAGGCCGUCUUCCCACGUAGCAAUGGCUCCCACGCUCGCUACUGCCCAUCGCCGGCGCUGGUGGAUGGCGUUCACAGCCAUCAUCGAGAACCUGCUCUUCUCUGCUGUCCUGCUGGGCUGGGGGUCCCUCCUCAUCAUGCUGAAAGCAGAAGGGUUUUAUUCUUACCUGUGCCACGAGUCAGGAAAUGACACCAUCAGCCCCGAACACGAGAACAGCACAGAUUCAGAGCACAAAUGGCCUUCUUGCAAUGCCCAGGAUGAAAUGCUGAACUUAGCCUUCACCAUUGGGUCCUUCCUGCUCAGUGCGAUCACGCUGCCCUUGGGAAUCGUCAUGGACAAGUACGGCCCUCGCAAGCUGCGGCUGCUUGGCAGUGCCUGUUUUGCUGUGUCCUGCGUGCUGAUCGCGUAUGGUGCCAGCAACCCAGACUCUCUGUCUGUGCUGAUAUUCAUUGCACUGGCCCUGAAUGGCUUUGGUGGGAUGUGCAUGACCUUCACGUCACUUACGCUGCCCAACAUGUUUGGUGACCUCCGUUCCACGUUCAUUGCUCUGAUGAUUGGCUCCUAUGCUUCCUCUGCAGUGACUUUUCCAGGAAUCAAGGUUAUCUAUGACUUUGGGGUCUCCUUCAUCCUCAUCCUGCUUGUCUGGGCAAGCUGUGCAGGACUAGUUUUCCUCAACUGUUUCUUCAACUGGCCACUGGAGCCCUUCCCAGGACCAGAGGACAUGGACUACUCGGUGAAAAUAAAGUUCAGCUGGCUGGGAUUUGACCACAAAAUCACUGGGAAGCAGUUUUACAAGCAAGUAACAACUGUGGGGCGCCGUCUCAGUGUGGGGAGCUCCAUGAAGGGCCCCAAGGAGCCAACAGCCUUGCAAGAGAACAACAAGCUCUGUCUGUCUACGGUUGACCUAGAAGUGAAGUGCCAGCCUGACAACACAGCGUCUCCCUCCUUCAUGAAGAGUGUCUUCAGUCCUAUUUUGCUGCUCAGCCUUAUCACCAUGUGUGUCACUCAGCUACGGCUCAUCUUCUACAUGGGGGCCAUGAAUACCAUCCUCGAGUUUCUGUCUGGAGAUGAAGAUCAAGUGGCUCUCUACACUUCCAUUUUUGGGGUAUUGCAACUGCUGUGCUUGCUGACAGCACCUGUGAUCGGGUACAUCAUGGACUGGCGACUGAAAGAGUGCGAUGAUGGCUCAGAAGAGAAUGAGGAGAGCAACGCUGAGCAAGGUGACAAGAAAAAGAAAAAGCGUGAUCGUCAGAUCCAGAAAAUCACCAAUGCCACCAAUGCCUUUGCGUUCACAAAUGUCCUGCUGGUUGGAUUUGGAAUCACCUGUCUUAUUCCUAACCUACCGUUGCAGAUUCUGUCCUUCAUUUUGCACACAAUUGUGAGAGGAUUCAUCCACUCAGCUGUGGGAGGCCUCUACGCAGCUGUAUACCCCUCUACUCAGUUUGGCAGCUUGACAGGGUUGCAGUCGUUGAUCAGUGCCCUUUUUGCCCUUCUGCAACAGCCUCUUUUUAUGGCAUUGACAGGACCUUUGGAAGGAGACCCUCUCUGGGUCAAUGUUGGCUUGCUUGGUGUGAGCUUGCUGGGUUUCUGCCUUCCAAUCUACCUGGUCUGCUACAGACGCAGGCUAGAGAGAGAAAAAAAACAGAAGAUGGAUGAUGCCAAACUCUUCUUCAAAAUCAAUGGCACUCCAAACGAGGAAGCCUUUGUUUAAACUGGUGCUUCAAAUACAGCCUCCCCUGUACAGAUUCCUACGCAGCCAUGGGUUCUACCUGUGGUGUAAGCCAGGCUUUUCUCUCCUGGCUCUGCCAGUCUUUGCUCCUCUCUGGAGGGAGAGCUGGACAUCCUGACUGAGUUUCCUCAGAUACAUGGCAGGAGGAGACUUCCCACUCCUCCUGCCACAGGACACUUCUCCUUUUUUAUGAAGGCCACGCAGAUAUUGUGUCUUAAAUUAUCCCCUGAUCACACCCUCCAGCAGCAGAGUCUCUGCAUAGGAAAUUGGGGAGAGAAGGAAUAAAGGGAUGGGGGAAGAGGGAAGAAAGACCAUAAUCUGAGUUUGCAAACGUAAUAGAAGUCUGUUUUCUCCCUGUCUUCCCCCAGCCUUGGCUGACAUUGUUUAGAUACAAGCUACACUCUCCUCCCUCCCUGAGGCUUUCUAAUGGUCCUUCUGCUUGAUAUGUAGCUGGACCCAGUGGUUUUAAUGUCUAUCCAGACAUACCCAAGACUGGUUCUGAAGCAGGGAAGGGGUUUUUAUUCCUAUGUGUAUCAGCACAGCUUCAGUGAAUUGCUAAAUGUUGGCUGCUAGCACUGACAGCUCCCAAACAUUUUAUUACUGCAAAUGACACAGACUGUGAGCAAUGGAUUUGCCUUCCACACUGAAAUGAAGAACCUAAUGGACUGCUUGGUCCUAGACCAAGCCUUCAAAAGGCCUGGAAUUCCUCUUCUUCCUGGCCCACAAACCACCUGUACAUGUUUUAAACUGUCUGCAGUCCUGGAACCUUUGAGAUAGGAGUUGGAUCAUGUUUACCGAUGAAGUGCUUUGAGACUUGUUGCCUUUUGCCUCUUGUUCCCUCCGACGUGACGCUGAGAGGGGAGCAGCAGCGUGAUUUUAGUAAAGCAAGAGAAGAUUCUUGAAGCUGAGUUUUGAGGCUCCAAAUACCUUGGUGUUCACGUAUUGUGAGCUGACUUCAAAAGAAUCAAGAGUGCAGAACACUCCUCUGUCUGGUACCUGGAUCCUGUGGACAUAGGGCAGGGUGAUGUCGCAAUGUAACUCUUCGUUUAGCCAUAGCUUAUUAACAUCGUUCUGAGAAUAGCCCUCAGGCUGCUGGACACCAGGUUACUGUGACUGACCAAAAAGCUGCUGGUUUGGCUGCAUUAAGAGCCUUUUAUGAUGUCGAUGCUCUGUCUGGACAGAGUAUGUGGUGAUUGAUUGUAUGGUGAAGCUGACUUCCAGAGCAAUACAUGUGGGUAAAGGUGCCCCAGGCCUGUUCACCACAGAGGGAAUACAAAGGGAAUUCUUAACCUGCUUAUUUUUAUAGAAGUUUUCUUAAGUCUUGUCUAAAGCUGACUUUUCUGCCCUUAACCUUUUGAAGUCAGUAGCUCAGCCGCUGUAGCCUUGUGAUGAGUGUUGAUCACUGCGCCAUUUGGACCUGCCCGCAGCAGGACUAUGCAGCACUGAGGAUGAAGAUCACCAGCGAGUGCGCAGCAGCGUGCGCACUGGGCUGGGCUACCGGCUGCGGGAAGGUUGUGGGCAGAAAUAAAACCGUUAUGAAGAUGGUAGUGGUUGGUGCUUUCUGAACUGCCAACUCCUGCAUUACUGCAAAGCCUGGCAGGGGUAAGUCAUUCCACUGCUUUAUGUCUGGUUGGAAAAGUAUGAGACUCAGUCACUGCCCCGUUAGCUCUGAGCUGGGGAUUAGAAACAGCUGGACCUUCCUUUGAGAAAUUACCUGGAAACUCGCCGUUAACUGCUUUCCUGGUGGUUUGAAGCAUGCAGAUGCUCAGCCCAGCCAGGCCUUUGCCUGCCUUCAAUAGCAGGCUGGGUGACCUCUGGCACUGCUCCUGGAAGCCCUGCAGAGUCCCUGGCUGGUGGCCUUGCCAUGGGGAGCAGCGUGGUGGGACAGCAGCGCCAUCUCCAGUCGCUGCCCCCAGCCAGGCUCCACGGUACCGUCCAAUCUUCAGUCUCCUUUGGAAAUGACUUGCCAGCCACUUGAGCGUUUGACACAUUUGUGGGAGGUUUGGUCUUUUUUUUCAUGUAUUGCCUUUAUUAAAUGUUUGUUCCAAGACAGCCUUAUUGCCUGCUGUCAACACUUCAGCCAUCUAGAACUUCUCAUUGUGUUGGGCUGAAGCUUUGGUGAUUAUUUAGUGACCUUCCCAAUUUUUCUUUCUCUUGUGUUGAGCAAUAAGUAAGGGCGCAGAGUUUUGAUUCAUUUUCCUGUUCACCCAGUGUUAUCUCAAGGAGAUAGUCAGAGCCUCACCAGCAGCAGCACCGCUUGCCUGAGUUCCAGAGGGCUUUCUACAUUUCAUAUUACUAUAUGUACUCCUAAGUAUUUCGAGGAGAUGAUUCCUACUCUUGAUCCAAGAUAUCGGUGACGUGACAAUGACAAAUUGAGUAUCUUCUUAGUGUAGCUCAGGCAGGUGAGCGGCUGAGCCGCAGUCCUCGGACUCGGUGUCUUAAAAUAGAGGCAGCUGGUGGAGGGUGUCAGUGUGCUAACUCAGCAUUGCUUCCACUUCAGUUUCAGAAUACUGAACCUGAUAGCUUUCCUUCUUAUGCCACUCGAAUUCCUGAUUAUUAAUGUCUUUGCAAAGUGGUGGAAUAUGGAGAGUGGCAUAUUUUUGUGGAGAUGCUGCCUCUGGACUAUGUGCAGCUAAAUUAAGCUAAGAACUCCCUUUCAUUCCUGCCAUCUACCUCCCUACUGCAGUUCCCAGUUCUUGCCCUUUAUUAGGAGUGCCGUCUAAUCCAGUUUCAUCUGAUGAAAAGGGUGGAUCUGUGUGCUCACUGUCUCUGCUGUGCCGUGGUGUUCAGAAGCUGGUCAGCUGUGAGGAACGGAGCUCAUGCCUUGAGUCACAGUGUCGGGCUCUGCUUGCAGCUGGGGAGCAAAGCGUGCCUUUGCCUGGCGCUCACCAGGACGAGUGGACACACAGUGACGUUUUCGCUGUUCAGGGUUGAGGAGACAAAUGUGAGUGCUCUCUCCUGCAGCACAAAGUCAAGCCGUGGAAUUUGUUGCUGCAGAAUGUAUUGGUAACAGAAGUAUGAUUGUUUUAAACAGGGGCUGGUUAAACAAUGGUCUGCAUCCACUAACUCAGGGAGAUUUUAAGUUGCUGUAAAUAAGGAAGUUAUGCCAAGGAAAGAUUACUCUUCUACAUGGUCUCUUAAAAAAUGGUCAGAGAUGGAGAAUAUACAUGGUGGGCUAGGUGAAACACUGGUCUGAUCUAGCGGGGUUUAAUUUACUCUGACAGUCGUGAACCAAACUAAUUUUAAAAGCAGUCCGAAAUUUAUCUAUCAAAAAACCUGUAUCUGCAUGCAAGACGUGCACAUACUCUGUGGCAUAACUGCUUAAAUGCUGUACCUCCAGUGGGGAUGAACCCCAGAGGACCGAGCGUUCUGGCUUCAGCCUCUUCUAAACAUUGUCUUGCACAGUGCAGGAGCAAAUGCCACAGGGAUGGUGCUGCUAUACAUGAUUGUUCAUGGGCAGUUUGCCUCAUUCUCUGAUGCUUACGGAAAGGUAAUCAUGGAUUACUUGCUUUUGGAGUAGAAAACAGCAUUGCUGCUUUCUGGCCAAGUGAUGCAGAACCAAGAAAAUUUCUAAAGCACUCUAUGUGCAUGAGCCACCUUGUGGAAAAAAUUAAUAGGCCACCAAAGAGUGGAGAGCCACAUCAAUUGAAAUCAGUAAUGCAAUUACCUCUACAGCUCAAGUACAGGCCAAUGUGUUUAACUACUUGCAUAAUUCCUAAAUGCUAGAAUUUGUAGGGUUGGGUUGUUUUUUUUAAUUGAACCUCCUCACCUUCAUCCAUAUGAGAAGUACGAGGACGGUGGUUCUGGGAAAGACCUCAUCUCAUCAUAGAAGCGUCCCCAGCUGAAUGUAGCGAAGCAGAAACCUGAUCUGUGAGCAUUUGGCAGUUUGUAGGAGCCCUCAGAGUCAAGGGUGUUGCUCUACAUCUUCUAGAAACACUGUUCCUGCCCUCUGCAGGUUCUCACGUGCUUUUAAUGUACAUUCAUAUUUAAAAAAUACAAAAAAUGAACAGAGCGGGGAAGGGAGGGAGCAAGCCAGCUUUUUCCUUUCACUGAUCUGCCGGUACCUAAGCCCCAUCAACACAGUCUUCAUAGCAUCCGUGCUGUUUUGCCUAAUAGACACUUAAAACUUCAUUCAGUUACUGUCAUGGAGUAUCUGGAUCCUCAAGAUGAAACUGAACACAGAUAUCUGUUAAAAAAAAAGAGCAAAUCUUGCUCAAACUCCAGCUUAGCUGCAGUGCUGUUACAGCGAUUGAAACGUUCAGCUCCCACAACAAAGCCUGGCUUCUUCACGCUCUGUCUACAAAGGAAAAGUGUAGGGUAAUGAGAUUUUAAUGAAGUCAGUAAAUCACUAAAAUGUUUUAAAGUAGGAGAUUUCUCUCAUGAAAGGCUGAAGAAUUUGAAAAAUAUGCCACAAAAUAUAAAGCAGAUACUGUAGGGUAAAAUGAAUGAAAUCUUUAAACUGACAAGUUUUGUUAUUUUUUUUUCUCUCUCUUUUUGAGUCUUCUCUACAUCUGCAGAGCUUUUGGUAUUCCCUGCUUCCUAGGUUAGAAGUGGGAAUUCAUAAUGGAAAUUAGUAUGACAGUAGGAUUACUGGUGGGAAGAGACUGGGGUUUUAAAUUAAAAAAAAAAAUAAUAAUCACUUCUGAUUUCUAUUUCACCAUGAUUAUCUCCUCUGGAAUAGCUGAAACAAUGGUGUGUUAUGUAGAUGCAUUCUUACGGGUCCUUGUUUUUCUACCUGUGCUGCUCAGCCUGUCUGUGCAAUCUGUUUUUAUGGUGUCCUGUACUCCGUGUUGUCAUCCUUCCUACUGCUGCUUUUCACUUCCCUGUGCCUGACCCUCUCACUUACUUUUUACUCCUUGGACAACCUUCUCUUUGAGAAAGUCUCCUCUUGACAGCAUUUGCCACCUCCUCCUGGUCACAAACAUGUUUGUCAAAGUUGAAUUGUAAGCUCCUUGGGGCAAGGUGUGUCAUCUUUUCUGUGUUUGUAAGGUGAUGUGCGCUCUUGCAGUACUAUCGAAAAAUAAAUGUGAUAUUAAGUUAAAUGUUAGUUUUUCUUUUGAGGCUGAACAUAAUAAAGGUAUCGCUUGGUUC